AUGGACCCUUUGAAGACGAAGUACACGCCAUGGCAGCGCAUGAUUCACCAGUGGAAAGCUCGCCGGGACAUCCCGUUUCGUAAGAAGUUCUUUUGUGGGUACGACUUGCACGGCAAUACCUACUGGGAGUUCACACUAGAUGGGAAUAUGCAGCGGUUGCGACGGAAGAUGGAACCAUGGAAACCCUUAUUAUUCAAAAGUGACUACUUCGAAACCGUCCCUCCGCAGUGGCUUCAGUGGUUGCGGCGGACCCGUUUUGAAGCACCUACGUUAGAAGAGCUUAUCAAUGAUCAAGUAAGACAACAAAAGAUUAAGGUACUUGCUGCUCAUGCCGAAUCUAAAUGGUACGCAGAAAAACAACGUUUGGAGGAAGAACAAAAGCUCAAAUUACAACAAGAACUCGACCGGGCUAAACAGGAUCAAGAGGCCUACUUGAAACAGUAUGAACAGGAACAAGCCGAGAAGCAAAUACCACAAGAUAAUACUACUGGGGAGCCUGUCAUUAACACCGAAGAGAAACAUUCGGGGAAGAACAACGACGUGAGUGAGCCUUACGAUCCAUGGAAACAGGCAGAAGAAUCGAAGCAUGAAAAUCCGGUAGAAGCGGCCUCAAUUAAACCUAGACGGUAA